CACUUGCCAGUGCUCAACAACCCUACAACAGACUGACUGCAGCACUAGUACCAGCGGCACCAACUGCACCAACAUCACCAGCAAAGCCUCGCAUUCCCCCUGUGGAUCAGUGACCCGGACUCAAAAUGUGUAAGGGGCUCUCGGCUCUACCUGCAACAUGCUUGAAAAGUGCAAAAGACAUGAAACAUCGGAUUGGGUUCCUUCUUCAUAAGUCUGACUUGCACCCUGACCAAGGAACAGUCAGCAGUAAGGACAGGGACACUUUGGUGAAGAGAGAGGCUCCAGCUGAUGUGAAAAAAUGGAAGGAGUCUUUGAGCAACUUGCUGAAUGACAACAUUGGUCUCAUAGCUUUCUCUGCAUUCCUGAAAUCUGAAUUUAGUGAGGAGAACAUUGAGUUCUGGAUGGCAUGUGAGGAAUAUAAGAAAACUACAUCACAAGAAGACCUUGCCACCAAAGCCAAGAUGAUUUAUGACCAGUAUGUUGAUGUUGACUCUCCACGAGAGGUCAACCUUGACUCAGCUACCAGAGAGGAGACAAGAAGGAACCUGAAGGAGCCCAACCUGUUCAGCUUUGAUGAAGCCCAGAAGAAGAUCUUCACCCUGAUGGAGAAGGACUCUUACAGACGCUUUCUGAGUUCCAAGCUGUUCCUAGACGUAGCAGAGCAGCCUAGAAGCAGUGUGGCCUGUGGGCUGGAAAAGAGGCAGAAGGGAACUGCCAGCAACUUGGGGUCAAUACCACCCCAGUGCACUUAGAGUCUCUGCAUGACCAAAACAAGCCUGGGGUGUCUUCAACUGCCUGAUGUAAAGGGGUAAACCUGCAGAAAGUAGAAGUAGAAUGAGCGGGGCACUUCAGAGAUACGGCGGGACCAUUUACGGCUAUGUGACUGGAGAUCCCAGCAAUGUUACUGGUGCAGAAGGCUUCUCUCCCCGAGAGCCUCAUAGGUCUAACGCACUUGAUUGGAUUGCUGGCAAAAGAGGAGCGCAGAUCACUAUCCAGUGCUUGUGCUCCUUAGAACUGCUCUUAGUCCAGAACAGAUUAGGCUCACUUCCACUUCAAGUUUGAGGUUUGUUCAUAUGCUAAACCUGAAGGCAGAAUUUAUUUUACAUAUUUAUAAUUAUUGUUGCCUCAAAACUGUAUUGCUGUAUUUUGAUGUAUGACUAAAAAACUAUUUAUUUCACUUAUUAAUAUUUACAUAUUUAUAAUUACUAUGCCUGAAUGCUCUUUCACUGCUUUAUUUAAGUACAUAAUCAGUAAGACUGAUAGAGAAGUUUUUAUUUAUUUGUAUUAUGUGUGCAACAUGAAGUACUGUGGUUGCAUUUUGGUGAUUUUAUUUACUGGAGGUUAUUUAAAAGCUAAUAAAAAACAUAUUAGAGGGGCACACUGACCUAGAACUACCUCUUCUUCCAUUGCGACUUUCGUUAAAUAACUUUGUUUACAGUAAACAUCAGGACUGUGCUCACAUGCACUGAAUUGGAAAAUGAGUGAGGAGACUGCUGUGCUCUUACAGGUGGAAGCAUUAGCACUGUAGGAGGGGCUUUCGUGCUGUAGUGAGUGUGUGAUUUGCUGGAACUGAUGUUGGAGGACAAAAGCACCGGGUUCUCCUAUUCCAGUGAACUGUAAGCUAAUGACUGUCAAUACACCACGCUGGGGAAUCAAUGCAUAUUUCAUGUAAUUACUUUGUCAUACUGACAUGUGUCGCCCCAGGCUGUAUUACCAGUGAACUGGGGUGGCAAACUGGAGUUUCACUUCUGAAGCUGUCUAUUGUAAGAUGUCUCUUUUGUACAUCAGUGUCACCGAUUUCUAAAUAUAUGCAUGUUCUACUGCUGUUCUUUGCGUGUUCACUUUCAAGUGUUAUUCACAUAGGUCUCAUUUAUCAUAUCAAAUCUGACUAUAGAAAAGACAAAUUAUGUAGAGGUUUCAACCUCACAUUGACUUAAGUAAACACUAGAGAUGUAUAUGCUGUGUGUUCCUUAACACACCUUGUGAUAUACUAUGUAUAAUCAGUUUACUUUGCUAUGAUUUACCAUUUGAAAUAAAAACU